AUGGCUGGAAAUGUGACAGUGGUUUAUCAGAAUGGGUUACCUGUGAUAUCUGUGAAGCUACCAUCCCGGCGUGAACGCUGCCAGUUCACACUCAAACCUAUCUCUGACUCUGUUGGAGUGUUUUUACGACAACUACAGGAAGAGGAUCGGGGAAUUGACAGAGUUGCAAUCUACUCACCAGAUGGUGUUCGAGUUGCUGCUUCAACAGGGAUAGACCUCCUACUCCUUGAUGACUUUAAGCUGGUCAUUAAUGACUUAACGUAUCAUGUACAACCACCAAAAAGAGACCUAUUAAGCCAUGAAAACGCAGCAACUCUGAAUGAUGUAAAGACACUGGUCCAGCAGCUAUACACAACACUAUGCAUUGAACAGCACCAGUUAAGCAAGGAAAGAGAGCUUAUUGAAAGAUUAGAGGAUCUCAAAGAGCAACUGGCUCCCCUGGAAAAGGUUCGAAUUGAGAUUAGCAGGAAAGCUGAGAAGAGGACUACUUUGGUGCUAUGGGGUGGCCUUGCCUACAUGGCCACACAGUUUGGCAUUUUGGCCCGGCUUACCUGGUGGGAAUAUUCCUGGGAUAUCAUGGAGCCAGUCACCUACUUCAUCACUUAUGGAAGUGCCAUGGCAAUGUAUGCAUAUUUUGUAAUAACACGCCAGGAAUAUGUUUAUCCAGAAGCCAGAGACAGACAGUACUUACUAUUUUUCCAUAAAGGAGCCAAAAAGACACGUUUUGACUUAGAGAAAUACAAUCAACUCAAGGAUGCAAUUGCUCAGGCAGAAAUGGACCUUAAGAGACUGAGAGACCCAUUACAAGUACAUCUGCCACUCCGACAAAUCGGUGAAAAAGAUUGAUCUGCAAAGAGCCUCUGAAUCCCGGCAGAAAGGACACCUGUUUGCCUUUUUAACUGAAGCACUGCAGGUGGAAGCUGGGAACCAUGUGGGGGUAGAGGGUUUUUACUUUUAAUUAUAAAAACAAAAGCAAAAAGGAUCUUAGGGAAGAAAGAAUGUUAAAAUCUGAGUAUCGGGCAUUGUGGAAUAUAAGCUCAAAGGGCUUAGUGAAUAUUGUCUUAAUCAAGCAUCUCAAUUUCUGGAUGAAAAUGAUGCUGUUAUAUAGUUGAGAGAUUCAUAAAGAGAAAAUGAUGCUUGGGGUGUUCUUUUCCUGCAUCUUCUUUGCAGGGUCAGCAAACCAGUAACACACCAGCACCCCACUCAGCGCUAAUUUUUUUAUUUGACUUUUCUUAUUUUUGACAUAGGAGUAAAUAAAUGCACCAGAAAAGCAAGUCCUCAUGAUAAUUGGGUGGCAAACAGAGUCUGAGCACAUAUCAUUAGCAUUUGUUUUAAUUUGGACUCAGUCUCUGCAAAGUUACCAGGAAUCUCUCCCUUCUGUACCCCUUUUCUGACUACCUACCUAUACCUGUUGGUUACACUAAUUUUAUCCAUAUGAUAAUUGGUUCCAACUUAUGACUGUUUGAUGAUUGACACUUUUUAAAUGUCUGUAUAUCUCAGUAUUCUGGAUGAGUUUCUAGAAAUCACUGGCAACACUGCAUGAGUUUUUUUGUUUUAGUUUGGUUUUUUGCUAAUUAGUCUUUCAGAGGAGGAAAAAUUUCCCUCCUUUAUAUACCUAUCUCAUUGAUAAUCCCUUCUCCCUCCAUAACUCAAAUCGGGGUGGGGCAUUCAGCUAAAUUACCAAAUCAGGAAGAUGUAAGGAUUACAAAUUGGCUAAAAAUCAUGGCUCUGUAGCCAUUUCAGAACCAGAAUGAUUUCAUUGCUGUUAAUCCACUUGUGUGACAGCAUUCCAGGCCACUCAGGUGGCACUACCUUUUCUGGAGGCUUUGUUCGUUCCGAAGGACAAACACUUCCAGCUGUCUUCGAGCCCUCGCACCUCCACCACUUUAGUCACUGUAAAUCAAGUGUGUGGGUCUCAAAGGGUGCAAUUUAUCUUUAUACAGGAAUACAUUUCUGUGGCUUUCUUCAGCCCUCCCUCUCCACCCUAUUUUUUUCUUAUCUUUAAUUGAGAAAGAAGAAUUAAUCUUAUACUCUAUCAAAAUAUUUUCUACCAUGUUUUCAGAUGACAUCUGCAUUUGGAGAGUCAAAGAAAUCUGUGUCUAAUAUCCUGUUUUUGACUACUGUGGGGCAGGAUGGAAACGAUGAUGGGGCUUUGCCUCACUGCCGAUUGGCUUUUUUCUUUCACAUGAUUCAUCCCUCCUCAUUGUGGCAAGGGUUUCACUCUUCUUCCUCCUUUGGGAUCACUAUGUAUGAAAGGAAAAACGUUAAAUGACAAACCCAGACUCCAGGUGCCUUGCAGAGGUCGAAGGCCAGCCAGGGCUGCUGCUGCUGCUGCCACCACCCCUUUCACUGGCAUGACAGAAUGAAAGGAUGUAUGUCUGCACCUCCUAGCCCCCCUCCCACUUCCUCCCGCCACCCCCCCCCAGUCGUUCAAUCCCUCAUUUAUUUUUGUUGUGUGAAUUAUUUUUAAAACAUUUAUCCUGUUUGUGUGUAGGGUUUUUGAGAAGAAACAGCACAGUGCAAUCAGCAAAUCAUUUUGGGGUGUGUGGGAGGUAAGGGAGGGAAUACAUGGAGAAAAGUCCUUUAAACAAAUAGCAAAAUAUUGAACAUGUGUAAAAUCCUGUAUCAUUUAUGAAAUAUGUAUAAAAAGCAAUGUAUCUUCUGGAACAAUAAAUACUUAUUCAAUUUUUGAA